AUGAAGCAAAAUAUAACCGAAAGUGCAAAAAAAGCUAAGAGUUUGACUACGGAGCAAUCUGAGAAACUUGCGGCAUUGUAUCGCUUCAGUAUCCUGUCCCAAGUUUCUGGUAAUUUUGAAAGCACGUUCUUCAAAAAUACAGUCACUUGGCUGCUGCUUAUAUUAUACAUGCUGCGACAACGAGGUGAAAUCGAUGUGGCAGAUGCGAUUUGGCAUUCUGUGAAGGCAGACAGAUGGGACGUAUCACUCACGGCCGAGGAGAAUCGAAACAGAGGUUGCUUCAAUUCUGUGGCGGGCUUCCCUCCAUUCGACGCGGAGGGGAACGUGCCAAUCGAUGAAAGUGUUGCAUUGGAAAUGUUCCAGCUGGACUGGGACAGAGAUGGGACGCUUCAACAAUGCUGGAUUGUGGAUAGCCUUUUCCGAGAUGGAUAUCUCAGUGUAGGCAAACUCGUCAGAAUCUCGACCCAUGAUGAGUUUCAAUUCCAUCCGGAAUGGUUCGGAGAAGAAGACAGGAUGCAGCCAGACGAAGAGAUUGUGGGCCACGUGGAGUCAACAAUAACAUCUACGAUGGCCUCACUCGGCCUUGACGUGGGAAAGAGGCAUAAAUCUGGAGACACUUCACCACAAAUAACUUCCGAGGUCAUUGAAGCCAAACCUAUGACACAGUCGAAAAUAGAAGGUUCAGUGGCUUCCAAUCCACAAUUACAAAUUCCGGCCCAAGCUGACACUCAAUUGCUCAAACAAUUGAUGAUGUCUAAGUUUGUCUCUCCUCUUGCAGACAUCCCGCCACGAUCGAGAGCCGAUCCUCGCAAGACCUUCCCCUCGAAUGAUCAAAGUCCUCUUGACAAACAUAAUUGCAAGAUCCUAAACGCAGCCACUUUGUCCAGCAGCAUGAAUACCGACUGGAACGCGAACGGUCUUACGAAAAUAAAAAGUAUGAGAGCCGUGUUCGACGUUCAGUGGGAUAGGGACGAGCAAGUCAAAUGGUUAUUCACGCCAUAUGAUCAGAAAACCGAGCGUUUACCGCAUGCAGAGGCUAGAUCUUUGAGUAUGUCGUGGGUUGUCGAACCGACGGGUCAGUCUCCUGUUGGGAAAGAGGGGGCGAGAGAAGUCUUGAGGACCAAAGGGACUGUGAAAGGAAUGUGGAAGUUCAUGGAUUCCCCAAUGACGCAGUACUCAUUGGUGUGA